CGAUGACCAAAUCGAAAAAGGAGAGAACCGCCGCCGUCAAGGACACGUUUGGUUGUAGGCAAUCAGACAUCUUCUUCGUGUCAUACACGAUGAAAUAAUGAAAAAAAUUAGAGGAAUAUGUGUCUGCAAACGCAUUUUUCCUUGUAAAAUGCCAUAUUUAUCUCAGUUCCUGAAAACAGAUCAAAUUUCGCCAAAGUAUUACGUUUGACCCUUCAAAAUUGAAAACUCCAGUUUCGUACUUCCGGUUGUGAGUCGAGAAAGACGGACAAAUUGCCUUUUCUCUUCCCUUCUCAACAAACAUGUCCUAAACUCUUUCUCCUUUCAUCGCUCGCCGCUGCUUUUUGUCUCCCCCGGCCGUUCGCCUCACCGGCACACUCUUCAUACCAAAUCCCCUUUUAUUAUUAUUAUUUUUUAAUAUACAUUAGGGGAAUCUUUGGCUAAACUAAUCUAAAUUCCGUUUAUAUUUUUGAACCGGAGAUUGUGUCUGCAUUGGUAAGAUCGCCGGUUUUUUUUCUUGUCCGGCGACCCAAAAUGGAGAAGGAGCCUCUCCUCCAAUUCUCCUCCCUGAGGAGAGUGCGCGCGCCGCCGCCGCAGCAGCCGCUAUCGCUCUGGCCAUUACCGGAGCACGCUGAACUCACCAUCCCCGCCACCCCUCCUCACCCAAUGACCCCUUCAGAAUUCAAGGAAAAGCUAAUCUUUGGGGGGUCUCCUCGUUUCGCCUCAACCACCAAUCUCGAUGCUUUCAACUUCAAUAAUAAUGCCGCCUCUCCUUCUCCUUCUUGUUCAUCUUCCGACCAAAGAUCCAACAAUGACCACCUUCCUUGGCCGGCGAAACCCGAGAGCAAAGCCCGGGCAAAAUCCAAUCUUCACCGUUGCAGGACCGCCCCUGCCAUGGCAACAAUCAAUGAGGUUACGCACAAGUCUCCACCUUCCCAGCAACCCCAGUUUGGUAACCAGUCAAUUGUGAGGCAUUCUGUGGUGCUUUUGAUCAUUUACUUGGCUCUUGGUGUGUCUUUAUAUACUUUCUUUAGGGAAAAUUUUACUGCCUCUGAGACCCACCCUGUGGUGGAUGCUAUUUACUUUUGUAUUGUCACAAUGUGCACUAUUGGCUAUGGGGACAUAACCCCUACUACCCCUGCUACAAAGAUGUUUUCCAUUCUUUUUGUGCUUGUGGGGUUUGGGUUCAUUGAUAUUUUGUUGUCUGGGAUGGUGGGUUAUGUGCUUGACCUUCAAGAAAAUUAUCUGUUAAAGACUCUUAAGUGUAAAGGUGCCCAUGAUCCUGGUUCCUAUAUAAUAGAUGUGAAGAAGGGGAGAAUGAGGAUUAGGACGAAGGUGGGGUUAGCACUCGGGGUUGUGGUUCUGUGUAUUGGGAUAGGUGUUGGUGUUAUGCAUUUCGUUGAGAGGCUCGGGUGGUUGGAUUCAUUCUACCUGUCGGUUAUGUCUGUUACUACCGUUGGGUAUGGCGACCGCGCAUUCAAGUCGUUGCCUGGUCGGGUUUUCGCGUCGGUUUGGUUGCUGGUGUCCACGCUCGCGGUUGCCCGAGCCUUUCUUUACUUGGCUGAGGCGAGAGUCGAUAAACGCCAUCGGAGAAUGGCGAAAUGGGUGCUCGAUCAGAGUAUGACUGUUUCACAGUUUCUUGCUGCAGACAUUGAUAACAAUGGCUUUGUGAGCCGAGGUGAUGAUGCAUUGGGUAUCGCUUUUCUUGGUUCUGUAAUACUUGACAGUAAACCCGAAUAUGUAAUCUACAAGUUGAAGGAGAUGGAGAAGGUGUCCGAGAAAGACAUCCUGCUGAUCUGCAGACAGUUUGAUAAACUGGACCCGGGCAAUUCCGGGAAGAUUACUCUCGCCGAUCUGAUGGAAAGUAGUCAAUGAUCACAACAUCCGUGGGCCAUAGCUGCAACAACGACGAUGAAACAGACAGAGCUCGUGGCAUGCAGGGUCUCGGAUUUGGCAUUACCAUCGCGACAACAAAGAGCCAUUUGACGAUCGUUCAAUUCUUCUACGAGAGCUCUCGUGCAUGAUCGAUCUGUUGUUCGUUUAAGUCUGAUGCGUGCUGCUCUUCAGAAGAUUAUCCUGCAGUUCAGAAUAGGAUGGUACAGAUCAUCCUGUGCUGUCAUUUGUUUUGAUUCAGAGUGGAUAUAGUUUUGUUAGCUGUUAGUAUCAUCUGCCUAGUUAGGUUUUUGUAAAGGAAUUAUGUAUUCAAUGAGAUAGAGAAUUGGAAAGUUUAUACAA